CAGCGAUCUAAGUAUCAGAAUCGUCGCGUGGUGCCGUGUGCAGGUGAAACGUGUUUAAAUAGAACGAAGGGAAUGACCGGCGGCAAUAUACUUCUGUCGUUGCCGUUGAGGGGACAGCAACAUGUGGAAGCUAUUUUUCGUAGCGCUGGUCGCUCUGGCGACAGCCGAGCAGGUGAAAUAUGACAACUACAAGGUGUUCCGCGUGACACCGCAAACCCCCGACCAACUGGAAAUCGUCCGCAACCUCGAAGAAAUCUCUGACUCCUACUCCUUCUGGAAAGAGCCCAGCACCGUCAACAAUUUCGCCGACGUGAUGGUUGCCCCGCACAAAGAAGCGGAGUUCGUUGAGACGAUGAAGAAAUUCGGAGUCGCUCACGAGACUUACGUCGCUGACGUUCAAACUUUGAUCGAUAGCGAACAACCACCUGUCCAACCUCUUGCCACUUUUGACUUGAGGAACUACCACAAAUUAGACGAGAUCUACGCGUACUUGGACAGCCUGGCCAAGGCUUACCCUGGCAAGGUCCAAGUAAUCGUUGGUGGAAAGACUUACGAAGGCCGUCAGAUCAAAGGUGUAAAACUGUCUUUCGGCGGCAACAAGCCUGGUAUCUUCCUCGAGGCUGGAAUCCACGCUAGGGAAUGGAUCGGACCGGCCACCAUUUUGUACAUACUGAACGAACUGUUGACCAGCAAGCAAGCCGACGUUAGGGCUCUCGCCGAAUCUCACGAAUGGUACAUUUUCCCAUCGUUCAACCCUGAUGGCUACAGUUACACGCACUCGACGAACCGUUUGUGGAGAAAGACACGCAAGCCUUAUGGUGUUUUGUGCUACGGAAGCGACCCUAACAGGAACUGGGGCUACAAAUGGAUGUCUGGCGGUGCUAGCAGCAACCCAUGCAGCGACACUUAUGGUGGAAGCUCUGCAUUCUCUGACGUAGAAACCAAAUCGAUGUCCCAAUACAUCUCGUCGAUUUCGAACAAACUCUUCGCCUAUGUCGCCUUCCACAGCUACUCGCAGCUCCUCAUGUUCCCCUAUGGUCACACGAAGGAACACUUGGACAACUACAGUGACUCUCUUCUAAUCGGCCAGAAGACCAUCAAAGCUCUUGCGAAACGUUACGGAACAAAAUACCAGGUCGGAAAUGUUGCCGAAACCAUUUACGUCGCCAGCGGAAGCUCAGUAGAUUGGGUGAAAGGAACCUUACACAAACCCAUCACCUACACAUACGAAUUGCGCGACACUGGCCGUCAUGGUUUCUUGCUUCCGGCUGACCAAAUUGAACCCACUGCUCUGGAGACCCUGGACUCCUUGGUCGCCAUGUUCAAGGAAGCUAAAGCCCGCGGUUACGAAUAAAGGAUAA